AGUAUGCGACCUGAACAGAGUCCUCUGUCAUCUUCACUUCUUGCCGACUGGUUGGACAUCAGUGGCAACAUAAGUCAAGCAGAUCUUGAAGCUCUAGAGAGAGAAAUCAAUCAGCAGAGCCCCAUGCAUGUCAGCUACGGUGAUAUGAAUAUAUAGAUGGAUGCAGCACUAGAGAAUUAGAUGCAGCACCCAAGCUCAAACUGGGUGUGAAUUUCUGUGGGCAUUCUGGUCAUGAUCAACUCUAGCUAAAUAGGACAUCAAAGCCAGUGGACGUAAGCUGAGUUCAUAGACAUAACCUUCCCCUUGUUUUCUGAACAAUUGUAAUAUAAUGUGCAUGACUGAUGGUCUUUUUAUUGGGAAUAAAGAACAUCCAGUUAGUUGUUACCAUUGUUCCCCUAGGUCUUCAAAACGUAUUAAUAAUUGACCCGGAAAAAAAUCUUCACAGGUUUCAAGACACUCUAUUUUUUAAAAUGUUCCUAUUCAGAUUUCAGUGGCUAUAUUUGAGCCCUACGGGUUUAUUUCAGAUCAAAUGAUGAAGCAUGAGCAAUUGACCUAAUUUGUAGAGUAGAAGUAACGCUAUCUUAUGGAAACACAAUUAUUUUAUAAACUGGG